AUGAUCUCCCUUAUUUGGACGAUAUUCAUUCUCCAUAUCGCCAUUUUUCUCGUGAACACGAUCGGUGCGGCGACAAUUGACAACUUGCUAUGGCUCCUCUACCUUAAGCUCCCGACGUCGCUGUACCAAACCGCCCAGGAACAAACCAAGCUGAAGCGCGAAGUCGUCCAGCUCAAGCGGGACAUGAACAAUACAAGCUCGCAAGAUGAAUUUGCAAAGUGGGCGAAGCUGCGGCGCCGACAUGAUAAGGCGUUGAGUGAAUAUGAGGCUUUGAGUAUGCUUCCACUCUCAUUUAGUUCUCUAUUCUACCAGAAGCUCUCCUCGCAGAAAGGUUCCUUUGACUGGUUCGUCAAAAUCGCCCGCUGGCUCAGCACGACCGGUCUCAAGAUCUUCAUCCAAUUCCGAUACUCGAAAACGCCUGUCUUUGAACUCCCCGGCGGCUGGCUUCCUUACCCUGUGGAGUGGGUGCUAGCCUUCCCUCGCGCUCCGCAAGGUUCGGUGAGCGUCCAGGUUUGGAACAGUGUAUGCGCGACGGCGGUUACAGUUAUUGCUGAGAUUAUUACGGGCCUGGCCUUACAAGUCAAGGGCAGCGCACAGGCCGUCCCGGCUACGGCUAAGAAGGCAUAA